AUGCCCGGAGCCGCCGCUGCUGCCGCCGCCGCCGCCGCGAUGCUCCCGGCUCAGGAGGCUGCCAAGCUGUACCACACCAACUAUGUGCGGAACUCGCGGGCCAUCGGCGUGCUCUGGGCCAUCUUCACCAUCUGCUUUGCCAUCGUCAACGUGGUGUGCUUCAUCCAGCCCUACUGGAUCGGCGACGGCGUGGACACCCCGCAAGCCGGCUAUUUCGGGCUCUUCCACUACUGCAUCGGCAACGGCUUCUCCCGGGAGCUGACCUGCAGGGGCAGCUUCACGGACUUCUCCACGCUGCCCUCGGGCGCCUUCAAAGCCGCUUCCUUCUUCAUCGGCCUCUCCAUGAUGCUCAUCAUCGCCUGCAUCGUUUGCUUUACCCUCUUCUUCUUCUGCAACACGGCUACCGUGUACAAGAUCUGUGCCUGGAUGCAGCUCACCUCCGCUGCCUGCCUUGUGCUUGGCUGUAUGAUUUUCCCUGAUGGCUGGGAUUCAGACGAAGUUAAACGGAUGUGUGGAGAAAAGACAGACAAGUACACGCUCGGGGCUUGUUCAGUCCGCUGGGCGUACAUCCUGGCUAUUAUUGGGAUUUUGGAUGCCCUGAUCCUCUCGUUUCUGGCGUUUGUGCUUGGUAACCGACAAGACAGCUUGAUGGCAGAGGAACUGAAGGCAGAAAACAAAGGUAAGAUUGCUUCAGGGGAUCCUUACCCGGAUGCUCCAAGCACAGAAAAUGAUGCUCUCUCUUCUUUCCCAUCGAGGACCAGUGCUUCCCCUGUGGAUCUAAUUUGCUGCAUCUUUUAA